CACUUCGCCAACCAAGCGAUGAUGUCACAAGCAGUGGCCAAUCAUGGAAAUCCAUACAAUAAUCCAGCCCUGCAGAAUAGCGCCUUCACACAGCUUCUAAACUUCCAACGGAAUGCCAAUGCUGCCGCCACUGCGGCCGCUCCGCGGUACAAUUUCGACUACCCGGCCAAUACGAAGGCCAGCGAUCGGCCUGGGUAA